AUGUCCGAAAACAUACUCUUCGAAAACAGCUUCAAAAUCACAGACAUCAAUAGCGCAAAAUAUGACAGAGUCUCCCGCAUCAAGGCCUACAGCGAAGGCUCCCAGGAUAUUCUUCUUACUCUCGAUGUCAACACCGAACUCUACCCUCUGAACGUCGACGACCGCAUGACAGUCGCGUUGGCUGUUUCUCUGAACCUCGACGGAAGCAAAGACGACGGAAAAGGGUGGAGAGAAGUGGGCAGAGGCGAGCAGACCUUGGCCGACGAGUUUGACUAUGUCUGCCAUGGAAAGAUCUACAGGUUCGAAGAAGGCAGCGGAGACAAUAUCAAGGUUUACGUCUCCUUCGGCGGCCUACUUCUGUAUAUGGACGGUCCCUACACCCUUCUCAACGCGCUGAGGAUUGACCAUGUCUAUCUCCUCAUGAAGAAAUAA